AUGACGUUCAGUAUUUCUUACCACUUUGGUCUAUUUAUUUUUGAUGUUUGUAAAUCUUUAAUAUAAUUGUUUUCAUAUUUUCAAUAUUUUCACCGCUAUUAUUAUAGAUUAAAAUGUCUGUACCACCUCAAGCAUUCGUAAACAAAAAUAAGAAGCAUUUUCUUGGAAUUCCAGCGCCAUUAGGUUAUGUAGCUGGCGUUGGCAGAGGAGCUACAGGAUUUACAACAAGAUCUGAUAUUGGACCUGCUAGAGAUGCAAAUGAUGUUUCUGAUGAUCGUCAUGCACCACCUGCAACUAAACGUAAAAAAACUGAAGAAGAGGAUGAUGAUGAGGACUUGAAUGAUUCUAACUAUGAUGAAUUUUCUGGAUAUAGUGGAUCUUUAUUUUCCAAGGAUCCAUAUGAUAAAGAUGACGCCGAAGCAGAUGCAAUUUAUGAAUCAAUUGACAAACGUAUGGAUGAGAAAAGAAAAGAAUACAGAGAGAAACGUCUCAAAGAAGAUCUAGAAAGAUAUCGUCAAGAAAGACCAAAAAUCCAGCAGCAAUUUUCAGAUCUCAAACGAGAAUUGAAACAAGUUUCUGAAGAAGAAUGGUCUGCCAUUCCCGAAGUUGGUGAUGCUCGUAAUAGGAAACAGCGUAACCCGCGAGCUGAAAAAUUUACACCUCUACCUGAUAGUGUGCUCUCGAGGAACUUAGGAGGGGAAUCAUCCUCUUCCAUAGACCCUGGUUCGGGACUAGCUUCCAUGAUGCCCGGCGUUACAACUCCUGGAAUGUUGACUCCUUCAGGUGACUUGGAUUUAAGGAAGAUUGGACAAGCAAGGAACACCCUAAUGACAGUCAAAUUGUCUCAGGUGUCAGACUCAGUGACAGGUCAGACAGUUGUCGAUCCCAAAGGCUACCUCACUGACUUGCAAUCUAUGAUCCCAACUUACGGUGGUGACAUAAACGAUAUAAAAAAGGCGCGGUUACUUCUGAAGUCAGUCAGAGAAACCAAUCCUAAUCAUCCACCUGCAUGGAUUGCUAGUGCUAGAUUAGAAGAAGUUACAGGCAAAGUUCAAUCGGCACGUAAUCUAAUAAUGAAAGGGUGUGAAGUGAAUCCUAGCAGUGAGGAACUGUGGCUGGAAGCGGCGAGGUUACAACCUCCAGACACCGCUCGGGCCGUUAUCGCACAUGCCGCUAGGAACUUACCUCACAGUGUCAGGAUUUGGGUAAAGGCUGCUGAAUUGGAGCAAGAAACAAAGGCAAAACGUCGUGUAUACCGCAAAGCGCUGGAACAUAUUCCCAAUUCAGUACGUCUUUGGAAAGCAGCUGUGGAAUUGGAGAACCCAGAAGAUGCUCGAAUUCUUCUCUCCAGAGCGGUGGAGUGCUGUCCGACUAGUGUUGAAUUAUGGCUGGCUUUAGCAAGACUCGAGUCAUACGAAAAUGCUAGGAAGGUGUUAAAUAAGGCUCGCGAGAACAUACCUACCGAUAGACAGAUCUGGGUGACUGCUGCUAAGUUAGAAGAAGCUCAUGGUAAUACACAUAUGGUUGAGAAGAUCAUAGAUCGUGCUAUAACUUCGCUUAGUUCCAACGGUGUAGAAAUUAAUCGCGAACAUUGGUUUAAAGAAGCUAUGGAGGCCGAGAAGUCAGGAGCUGUUCAUACUUGUCAGGCUAUUAUUCGGGCAGUUAUCGGACAUGGAAUUGAACCUGAAGAUCAGAAACACACUUGGAUGGAAGAUGCCGAAGCUUGCGCAAAUGAAGGUGCUUACGAAUGCGCUCGAGCAGUUUACGGGUACGCUUUGUCGGUAUUCCCAUCUAAGAAGUCGAUAUGGCUUCGUGCAGCAUACCUAGAGAAACAACACGGCACCCGAGCAAGUUUAGAAGCAUUGUUACAGAGAGCUGUUGCACAUUGUCCGAAAUCUGAAGUGCUUUGGCUUAUGGGAGCUAAAUCUAAGUGGCUGGCAGGCGACGUACCCGCAGCUCGUGGUAUCUUAUCACUUGCCUUUCAAGCGAACCCUAACUCUGAGGAAAUUUGGUUAGCUGCUGUCAAGCUGGAGAGUGAGAAUAAAGAAUACGAUCGAGCAAGGCGGUUAUUGUCUAAGGCAAGGGCUUCUGCACCAACACCAAGGGUUAUGAUAAAAUCAGCCAAACUGGAAUGGGCUUUAAAUAAUUUGGAUGUAGCUUUAAAUUUGCUUGAAGAGGCGAUCAAGGUGUUCGGUGAUUACGCAAAAUUGCACAUGAUGAAAGGUCAAAUUGAGGAGCAGAUGGGGAAAGAUGAUGACGCACAUAAUACUUAUUUUCAAGGGUUGAAAAAGUGUGCGACAUGUGUCCCCAUGUGGAUCUUGUUAUCCAGGUUGGAAGAGAAAUUGAAACAUGUCACCAAAGCGAGAUCAGUGUUAGAAAAAGCUAGAUUGAGGAAUCCUAAGAAUCCUGAGCUAUGGUUAGAAAGCGUUAGAUUAGAAAGGCGAAACGGCAGCGCGGAGAUAGCAAAUGCUGUGAUGGCAAAGGCGCUUCAAGAAUGCACUACCGCAGGACGGUUGUGGGCGGAGGCGAUAUUCAUGGAGUCAAGACCACAAAGAAAAACUAAAAGCGUAGACGCGCUGAAGAAAUGCGAGCACGAUGCACACGUACUGCUCGCCGUCUCGCAACUCUUCUGGACUGAGUCCAAGGUCAACAAGUGUCGCGAGUGGUUCAACAGGACGGUGAAAAUCGAUCCGGAUCUCGGAGACGCAUGGGCAUAUUUCUACAAAUUCGAACUUCUCCACGGCACUGAGCAACAACAGGAGGAAGUGAAGACCAGGUGCAAGACAGCAGAACCCCAUCACGGCGAAUAUUGGUGCAAGGUUUCAAAGGAAAUCGCUAACUGGUGUUUCAGCACGGAACAGAUUUUGUUACUAGUCGCAAAAACUUUACCUGUCCCCACGUGACCACUCGAUAAAUAGAUGGCGGAUAUUAUAAUUCAAUGGAUGUAGAUUUUGAAAUGAUCUAUUUUUGUCGUAUUUUCAUGGUGUAUAUAUAUUGUGUUGUAUUGAUUGAUGAGAUAUAAAAAUUUACAUAUAUUAUUAGUCAUUUAUGAAGCGAAUAAAUGAUAGAUAUUUUGAAGCUCGAAGCUAACACUUCAUUAAUAUUAAUGUAAUUAGUUAUUUAAG